UGUAAGAAAAAGUCUGGUUACUGAUUACCACAACUGAUUUCUUAUAAUUUUUAUUACUUGGUUCAAUUGAAUUGUUUUUAUAAUUUAAUUUUCUAAAUCUACUGCAACAAAAAUUUUCCCCAAAAAUACAAAAAAGUAGAAUCAUUCUCCUGCAUUAUUGUAAAGUGUUUCUAAACUUGUAGUAAACAUUAUUAGUCAGUCAAAUGAAUGCAUUAUGUGAACAAGAAGGAUAACAAAAUCUCGAACAUAAAGAAAAAUGAAAUGAAAUAAAAGUGAAAUUAGUGGAAUAAAAAAAACAUAAACGAAAGAUAAAAUAUUUUAUUAAAAAUAUCAGCAGAAUAACCACCAAACAACAACCCAUCCAAAAGGGUCGGGACGUAAUUUAACAAAAACCUUAAAGUAGACCAACACACAUAUUGGUAGUAAAAAUCCAAUGAAAUGGCAUUAACUAAACGUAUAAAAUGCUUCAAAUAUAUGGUUUACUGUUAUAUUAUCCUAUUAGCGGUAACGGGAUGUACUCAAAUAUUUUUGGGAACAUCUCUAUUGUGGGGCCAUUCGGGACACUAUGGUGUAGUGCAAAAUAGGUUAUGGGCACCAGCAGCUUUACUAUUGUGCUUAGGUCCUGGCACAUUUAUUUUGUGCUGGAUAGGAUGUCAAGCUACCAACCAAAAGAAACGUUGUCUUUUGGGUAUGUUUGCUACCUUUCUGGUGAUUAACAUCUUAAUACAGUUCUUAUUGUGCGGUUGGUCAUUAGCCAUGCGAGAACAUUUGCCAUCAUCUGUAGAGAUUUAUAUAGAUGACUCGUUCGUCGAGUUCUUGGAUAAAUUCUCCAGGACCAAGGUUGAUAACCAACAUUUGUGGAAUAGAAUGCAAUCUCAGUUGCAAUGUUGUGGUGUAGAUGGACCGUUGGAUUAUCGUCGCUUGUCUUUGCCAUGGUCUUGCUGUUCCAGGCCAGAACACGCAUACGAAUCAGCUUGUGAUACGCACUACAAAAGGGGUUGUUUGGCUGUAGUUUCAGAACAAAUAAAAUACUCACUGUUAAUAACAGCAUUCGGAGCUGCCAUCAUUGCCAUUUUACAGAGUCUUGGUCUGUUUUGUGUUGUUCAUCUGGCAAUUUUAUAUGGAAAACACGAAAACGGUUAUGAAAACAAUAAGCUGAGUAAGAAACGUCAGCAACAAUUUCUACCACUUUCCAUUCAGGAUAAACGCCAGGACAUACCUUCACCUUUAAGUUUGUCACCAACAGCACCAGGCCAUCGUGUGCUAAAAACCUCCGUUCCCGGUGGUAAAAAAUGACAGACGAUUAGCUUUUAAGUGUUCAAUUGAAUUAAAAUUAAAAACAAAGAAAAUUAUAAAAAGAAGUUUUAGAUUACUAUUCGUAAUAAUAUCUACACUACCUAAUACUAAAAAACAAAAGAAAAAAUACUAUUCUACUAAUUUGAGAUGGAAAAUAAUAAAUGUGGCCCUCAAUUUA